AUGGCUUCAAAGCCCAAUCGCCGCAUCACGAAGAAAACUUCUCCGAAGAAGGUUGCAAAAGCAAAGAAGAAGGACAAGAGCAAAAAGGAAGGCAGCAAUGCCAAGAGUGCUUAUCACUACUUCCUGACAAGCCAGCGGAAAGACGUGCUGUCACGCGCCGACAUCGAAGACACGCCUUUGAACUUCGAGAGGAGCGCCAAGGCAGUGGCUGCAGCCUGGCAGGGACUCAGCAAGAUUCAACGCGAGCCUUUCGAACGCUGCGCUGCACUCGACCGGACUAGGCGUGACCUGGGAAAGAUGAAGGGUGCCAAGCUGAAAGUUAGCAAUGAGCUGACGGGUCUGGUGAAGGCAGCUGUAGAGGCUCUGGCACAGACACCCUCUGCUGACAGCUGCUCAGCUGGGCGCAAGGCGGCUGAGGACGUCGUGGCAUCCCUGGAGGCAUUGGAUUCCAGGCUUUGUAAUGCUGGCCGGGCGGCUGCCGCUGCCGGCCUGCGCAAUGGUGCAAGUGGUGUGAUGCUGGCUGCUGGGGCUGUGGGCCCUGCAGUCGGUGGUCGACUCACAGCCAUCAUCCGGAAGUGGUCCUCCGCUCCGGCUCCGAAGCGGAAAGCGCCAAAGCAAGCGCAGCAGCCCCCACCAAAGUCUGCGGCCUCGCAGGCCUCGCCUGGGCCUGGAAGUGGCGAUGGGGAGAGCACCUUGGAAGGCGACUAUUUGCGCAGCCGUGUCGUGGGGAUGUUGAUGCGCACCGCAGGCCAGAAGCUGGGUAAGGCGCACUUGGAGACUUGUCGGCGGAUCGAGGCAUCUUUGUACCACAAGUUUGGGCAGAACCUGAAGGAAUAUCGGCAGCGGGCACGCAGCUUGAGCGUGAACCUCAGCAAGGCAGAGAACCGCCUGCUUGAGAAGGUUUGCGAGGGGUCGCUGCAGCCCUCGGAACUGGCUGGAUUGACAGGUGAGGACCUGGCACCGGAGGCUGUCCGCAUCGCCCGAGAGAUGGAGCGCCAGAGACACUUCCGUGAAGAGGUCCACCUGACAGCGGCGCAUCCCAAGACGAAGCAUGAGCUUUUCGUUCGUCGGCGUGACAGUGACGAGAGGUGCCUUCUGCUGCAAGGUAUGAAUUGGAUGUUCCUGUUCACCUCUAGCGAACCGUCACCACAAGCGCAGGUGUGCGAGGGAGCACACUCCUUGCCAGCAUCCUUGCUUGCAGCAACAAGCAUCGAGCUCAUCAGAAGUUCCCGGUUCAUAGCCCUUCUAGCAAGUUCCGCCUGUAGAUAA